AUGCCCGCCACAAUCUACGUUCCGAGUCCGCUCGAGAAUCUGCCAAACGACACAGACGUGGUCGGCCAUGACAAGCCCGUUGUGCGAGCUCAUAUCAGAGAACAUGAUGACUCUCAGCUCCGCACUAUCGACGGCCUCAUUCGUCACCGCGCCUCUUUGUACCCUCAUGAUCAUGUCGUUUCAUACCCUUCCUCGGGCAUCAACUAUGUCGACUAUACCCUUCAGCAACUGGACGUUUUUGCUUGGAGAGUAGCCAAGUACUAUGAACCUGAGCUACCAAUUCGAGCAUCGUCAAGCCAGAAGCCUACAGUUGUUGCUAUGCUAGGCCCCUCAAAUUUCGAAUACCUCAUCACCAUGCUAGCGCUGAACAAACUGGGCCACACAGCGCUGCUACUGUCAACAAGAAUUCCCCAAAUUGCCGUUGAGUCAUUGGUCAACGCGACAGGAGCUACGGCCAUCAUCGCCGAUGGGCGCUUCAUUGAACUUGCGGACAAUGUCAGCAAGACUAUCCCAACUCUACAGUCUCUUCGGAUUGCUGGCAGAGAGACGUUCGAAUACCCCAUUGAAGCUCAUGGAGACACGCAAUUGGACGGACACUUGAGUCCAGAGGUUGAAACCGAGAAUAUUGCAUGGAUUAUCCAUUCGAGUGGUUCAACCGGCCUUCCCAAGCCAAUCUACCAGACGCAAAAGUCAUGUUUGCCAAAUUACGCCAUUCACAUGGACAUGAAGUCCUUCAUCACCUUGCCCUUAUUCCACAACCACGGCAUCUGCAACAUGUUCCGUGCUAUCCACUCACGCAAAGCUAUACACCUAUACAACGCCGACCUGCCACUUACCCAAGACCACCUUGUCAGCAUUAUGCGGGAACACAACUUUGAGAUCUUUUAUGGUGUGCCAUAUGCUCUCAAGCUUCUUUGUGAGACAGAAGAAGGCAUCAAGCUUUUACAAAACCUCAAGGUUGUCAUGUACGGAGGCUCAGCAUGCCCCGAUGACCUUGGUAACUUGCUGGUUGACAAUGGAGUGAAUCUCGUUGGACAUUACGGAGCAACCGAGGUCGGACAGCUCAUGACCUCCUUCCGACCCGAGGGGGACAAGGCUUGGAACUAUGUCAGAGAAAGCGACAAGAUCUCUCCGUUCCUCAAGUGGGUGCCGCGAGGGACAAACCUGUACGAGUGCUGCGUCACAGAUGGUUGGCCAGCCAAGGUGCAAUCCAAUCAGCCCGACAAUUCGUACGCAACCAAAGACCUCUUCGAGCCGCACCCUACGAUUCCUCGAGCUUGGAAGUACAUCGCCAGAAUGGACGACACCAUCGUCUUGGUCAAUGGCGAGAAGUUCAAUCCAGUUGCGAUGGAGGGUUCCAUUCGAUCCAACAAAAAUGUGAAGGAAGCUGUCGUGUUUGGAGCUGGCCGUCCUUACCUCGGAGUUCUCAUCGUCCCCUCAGAGAUCUGGGCUGGCAAGCCAGAGUCCGACGUUCUCGAAGCUGUCUGGCCUAUUGUUGAACUCAGCAAUCAGUCUGCAGACUCUUUCGCUCGCAUCUCAAAGUCCAUGGUCAAAUUACUCCCCUGGGACUGUGAGUAUCCCCGGACUGAUAAGGGCAGCGUUAUUCGUCAGGCUUGCUACAAGAAUUUCAAGAAGACGAUUGACGAAGCGUACGACUCUGAGGAUGUACAAGGAGGGGAUUUGAAAGAACUUGAUCUUCCCGAAUUGCAGACCUUCCUUCGAGAACUUCUUGUUCGGACUCUUUCUCUCAAGGAUGCGCCCGCGGAUGAUGUGGACUUCUUCACUCUGGGCUUGGACUCUCUUCAGGCAAUCCAGAUGAGAAGCGAGAUCCUCAAGACAGUACAAUUGGGAACCAACAAACUUGGCCAGAAUGUCGUCUUUGAGCACCCUUCUAUCGAAAAAUUGAGUCAGUUCUUACUCGGGCUUCGCCUUGGCCAGGAUGCAAUCAAGACUGGCUCAAUUGAGCAAGAGAUGGGACAGCUGCUUGAGAAGUAUGGAAAGUUUACCGAACAGGAGCCUUCGUCAGUGGUAUGUUUGAGCCCUCUUGCCUCGAGAAUAGCUUCUAACAUUUUACAGGUCAUCACAGGUGCUACUGGCUCACUCGGCGCUCACGUCGUCGCAAAGCUCGCCACAGAUCCCUCGAUUGGCAAGAUUUACUGUCUUGUUCGAGCUUCUGAUGAUGCUCAAGCGCUCUACAGAGUUAAGGAGUCUAUGCUCCAGCGCAAGGUUUACCACAAACUCCCACUCGAGGCUCGUCGCAAGAUUGUCGCACUGCCCUCGGACCUUUCGGAUCCUCAUCUCGGUCUCCCGAGCGAGACUUAUGCAUCCGUCACUACAAACCUUCGGUCUGUCAUUCACUGCGCGUGGUCCGUGAACUUCAACAUGCAACUCUCGAGUUUUGAGAAGGGAAAUAUUGCGGGUGUCAAGCAUCUUAUCGACCUGUGCCAAGCCGCGGGACCUACAGCCUCGAUGAACUUUUGCUCUUCAGUCAGCACAUGUUCCCGAGCCACCGUUGUUCCGGUACCUGAAUCAGCUCCGCCAUUUGAGUGGGCGCAGGGCAUGGGAUACGCCCAGUCCAAGUCGGUCUCUGAAAACCUCUGCGCCAAAGCGGCUAAGGCGGGUCUCACCACUCGCGUUCUCAGAGUCGGCCAAAUUGUCGCUGAUACUCGCCACGGAAUCUGGAACGCCCAGGAAGGCGUCCCCAUGAUGAUGCAGACAGCAGUGACCAUUGGUGCUCUUCCUAAGCUUAAAGAGACGCCAUCAUGGCUACCAGUUGAUGUCGUGGCCGAAGCUGUUGUUGACAUUUCCCUCUCCGACUCGGGCAGCGUGUUUACCAACAUUGCCAACCCCAAGACGUUUGACUGGACACAAGACCUUCUUCCUGCCCUACGAAACGCUGGUCUGACAUUUGAUGAGCUGGAGCCAAAGGAAUGGGUGCAGCGUCUUAGGGCGUCAAACCCCGACCCUACGGCUAAUCCCCCCAUCAAGCUGGUUGACUUCUUCGCAUCCAAGUACGACAAGGACGAGUUUACACCUUCAAAGGCUUUUGCUACCGAGAAAGCUUGCGAACUAUCACCGGCCUUAGCCAAUGCUAGUGUAUUGGAUCAAGAUUUCGUCAACAAGUUUGUUUCGUAUUUCCUCGGCACAUCUUGGAAGACAGAAGCCAAGAACCACGCUACCAAGACUGCCAUCGUCAUCGCCGGUCCAUGUGGCUCUGGCAAGUCGACUCUUAGCUUGGCCCUGUCAUCCUCUCUCAAAGUUCCUUUCGUCGAGGGUGAUUCACUCCAUACCCGAUCAGCGGUGGAGAAGAUGGAGUCGGGCACGGCGCUUGUUGAUGAGGAUAGAUCGCCAUGGUUGAAGAGGCUGUGUAUCCGCGCUCAAGAGACCCUCUUUGAUCUCGGCUAUGACUCAGUUGUCAUCAGUUGCUCUGCUUUGACAACUGCUUACAGAGGUACGAUGCGCCAGCAGUUGCAAAAGCAAGGCGUUAAGGUGUUGUUCAUAGACCUGCAGGCUAGUGCAGACGUCUUGGCUCAACGCUUGGAAACACGUGCAGGACACUACAUGAGCACAGCUAUGGUCAACGGACAAGUUGAUCUGCAUGAGGAUGCGGCUGUGGAGGAAGUGGACGUGUUCCCCAUAGAUACGGAGGCUGGGAAAGCAAAGGUUGUAGAAGAGGCUUUUUGGUUUUUGGCAAAGAAUGUUCAUUAG